UAAAGAAAAUAAAGGGUAGCACCGUAGCAGCGGCCACGUCCCUCUAUUAACUGCAUUUAUAGACUUAUAGUAGUUGUGUUCGAGGCCGAGAGCGACAAUUUCACACCUGCAUUCACUCUACAAUAUCAUCAUCUUCACAGCCAUUUCUCAAGCUUGCAAGGAUGGGAAGUACAUGGGAAAGUAAAUAUGGAGAAUAUACCUAUGAUCACCUAGAGAGGGAACCCUACUGGCCCUCUGAGAAGCUUAGAAUUUCCAUAACCGGUGCUGGUGGUUUUAUUGCCUCCCACAUUGCAAGGCGAUUGAAGAAUGAAGGUCAUUACAUUAUUGCUUCUGAUUGGAAGAAAAAUGAGCACAUGACAGAGGACAUGUUUUGUCACGAGUUCCAUCUUGUUGAUCUGAGGGUGAUGGAUAACUGUUUAAAGGUCACAACUGGAGCUGAUCAUGUGUUCAACCUUGCUGCUGAUAUGGGAGGUAUGGGCUUUAUUCAGUCCAACCAUUCAGUCAUUAUGUAUAACAACACAAUGAUCAGCUUUAACAUGCUUGAGGCUGCAAGAAUCAACGGAGUGAAGAGGUUCUUUUAUGCUUCUAGCGCUUGCAUUUACCCUGAAUUCAAGCAGUUGGAAACUAACGUGAGCUUGAAGGAGUCUGAUGCUUGGCCUGCAGAGCCUCAAGAUGCUUACGGCUUGGAGAAGCUCAUGACUGAGGAACUAUGCAAGCACUACACUAAGGACUUUGGAAUUGAGUGUCGGAUUGGGCGGUUCCACAACAUAUAUGGACCCUUUGGAACAUGGAAAGGUGGGAGAGAGAAGGCUCCUGCUGCAUUUUGUAGAAAAACCAUUACUUCCACUGAUAGGUUUGAGAUGUGGGGAGAUGGGCUACAAACGCGGUCUUUCACCUUCAUUGAUGAAUGUGUGGAAGGUGUUUUAAGAUUAACAAAGUCUGACUUCCGGGAGCCAGUAAAUAUUGGGAGCGAUGAGAUGGUUAGCAUGAAUGAGAUGGCUGAGACAGUCCUCAGCUUUGAGAACAAGAAACUCCCCAUCCAUCAUAUUCCUGGCCCAGAAGGUGUGCGUGGUCGAAACUCAGAUAACACUUUGAUUAAGGAGAAGCUUGGCUGGGCCCCUACUAUGAAAUUGAAGGAUGGACUGAGGAUCACAUAUUUUUGGAUAAAAGAACAAAUAGAGAAAGAAGAGGCUCAAGGUAUUGAUCUGUCAGUGUAUGGGUCAUCAAAAGUAGUGGGAACUCAGGCACCUGUGGAACUGGGCUCUCUUCGUGCCGCUGAUGGCAAAGAAUGAAGCUGGUUAAGCAGCCCUAAGAUACUACCAAGUCCUAUUAUUAUUGCCACCAUAUUUUGUUAGCAUGGAGCAUAUGGGUAUGCUUAUAUGAAUUCCCUCCUAUAUAUGUACUUUAUUUGAAUAAGGGUGCGUUUAUCCUUGUAUUUUUAGCAUUUUAGAUAAUGGGCUUUUGUUGUAUGGCUUUAAACUAAUUUUGAAGUUAUAGACUGUCUCAACCAUUUGUGACCU